CCUUAACGUCUUGCCUUCUCCUGUUAUCGGACCGCCAUGUCCCUUACUGGGUCUAGACGGAGCAUCGGACGACGAUGCCAAUUGUCUCUGCACGCGCGAAUAUCUUCACCAGCGGGUUUACUCUAUAGCUCUCUACAUUCGUGCUUAAUCCAAAACAACCUCGUCCUUCACCAUCAACUCGCACCUCGACCUUCGCUGACGUCCCUCUUUCACACCACCGCUAGCAGCAAUGCUCUGUAUCGAACCCCUCGUCGAUCGCCUACGGUACGACGUGCCGAGAAUAACCGUAUCCCCGUCGCUCCUGUUCCCAAUGCUAAUAGUGCAUACGAAUCUCACAUCGAAGGCGACCCCGCAACUCACUUAGCUUGGCUCCAAGGUCACGGUGUAGACAGCUGGGCCGACGCCCGCAUUGCCAAAUCCCUUAAGUCUAAUAUCACCAAGGAUGUCUUUGUCACAACUGGUAAGCACUUGAUAACUCGUGCUCAUGGUGGACCACCCACCCUCGGUGCCUUCGAGAACAACCCGUGCAAUCUGACCCCCUUCGAAGUCUUCAACAUCGGCAGAUUGGUCCUCCCGCACCACCAAUCCUUUCAACGCUGGCUCUGCUCUGCCGGCGCCCUGGCCCAAGUCCGCCCGGCGAUCUACAUUCAAGCCGCCGCCUACCUCAAGAACCUGCUCGCGUACUCCAAGAGCAAAUACCCUCCACGUGACGAGCCGUACCUGCAGGCCGUCGAGGCCCUGGCUACAGGACCCCAGCCGGAUCCCCGCGCCAUGUGUCUUCAUGCGCAAGUCCUUUGUCACCGGCAACACUACCGCCAGGCCAUAGCCCUCCUUGACGAGGUGCUCGAGCUCAUCUACCCAAGCAAGGAACUCGAACAUGGGUUCGAAACGCCACUGUAUUUCCCGCCCAUCGAGUCUGUUUGGGACACGUACCUCUGGGUCCAGGGCAUCAUGCACGAAUACAAAUCCAAAACGAAGUACACGCGCGAUGAAAUCAUCCGCCGCGCUGCCACGGAAUUCAAGGAUCCCAAGUACCUCGUACUGUAUGCAGGCAUUUUACGGGAGCAGGGUCGGUGGGAUGAAUACGAAGAAUGCAUGUUCUGGGCGUCCAGGGCCGGGAAUCCUCAGGCCAUUCGCCGACUGGCGAGCUACUACUACUUCACGGCGCUGGGGCGGUAUCGUCGGCGCGGGGAGUCUCCGCAAGACUUUCGACCGGUAAAAUCGGGCGAGGAGGGCCGGCGGCUGCAGAAGGAGCAAAACCGCUCGUGGUGGCAGCGGCUGUCUGAGGAGAUUUGGUCCGGCCACAGCCUUCCGUCGCUGACGCACUACCGUGCCUUGGCCCGGGAGUGGUUCGAGCUGGCGACCUUCUAUGGGAGCCCCGAAUCGGCUGUCAUUGUAGCCGUCAUGGACCGUGAGGAUGGUCGCCCGGGCGAUGGCGCGAACGUACUUCGUGAACUGCUUCGUGAGGGCCGAUUCCAGGGUCCAGAGCGGGAAAAGCUUCAGAAGUCCAUUGAAAGCUUGCUGGACAAUUGGUCAGAUCCCGCGUUCAAGCCUAAGGUACCGGAGAGUUACUAUGUUCUCUAGGUGAGGGAAGAAGCCAUAUGGGAUUCGUUACUCCUACAGGGAGAGAGUUGUGUGGCUUGUUGUGAUUGCUGUGAAGGCGGUUGUAGGUGAUGUUUUAGAUGAUGGUCGCUCCUCCGUGCACUUUUCAAUGACUGAUACCCAAGCAAAGAUCGAUAGUCUUAUGCAAUCUAGAAAACCCGCUUCGCAGUGGGAAUUGUUCAUCUUCAGGUAGGUUUGUGUAGCCCUGCGCGGUUCACCAAAUAAUGCGACCGCGACUGGCGCGCUUAGCUGGAUCAUUGGACAUAUAUUAGGCUCCAGAACUGAAAUAUUACAAAUUAGAUAAUUG